AUGCAACCACGACGUGCUAGUCACGAGAAGUCUAGAAAUGGCUGCUUAACCUGCAAGAUUCGAAGAGUCAAAUGCGACGAAACAAAACCGUAUUGUCGGAGAUGUACCGAAACGGGCCGCAAGUGCGAAGGCCCGGUUGUUCGCGAAAUUCGCUUCAUCCAGAAUAAAAUGGUCAGCCAAGCGGCCACUCCAAGUCCGUCGCGGGUGGUCUCUCUCCUCGCUCCGCUUCAUGCUGAGGACGAACGUCGUGCAUGGCAUUACUUCAUGUAUGGCGCAGCACCCGCGUUUGCGGGGACCGUCGAAACUACCUUUUGGCAGGACCACGUCCCUCGACUCGCCCAGGCAUAUAGCUUUGUCUGGGACACCGUUGUGUGCCUCAGCUCCCUUGCAGAACACGUUCCAUAUGUGUCGCCGACUGCCGCGUCUGACCGAACAGGUCUGGCAAAAGUCACCGACCAAAAGCACCGACAGGCACUGAGGUUCUACCACAAAGCGAUUGUGAGCGUUCGACAGCUGGCCGAACUUGGGCAAAUAGAUGAUUCUGUUGUCGCCUUGAGCUAUCUACUAUUCGCAUCAGUGGAAUACCAUCAUCGAAAUAUCAAGGUUGCGAACGAUUUGAUGACAAGAUGUUCCAGAAUUCUCACUGACAAUCUGAGGUCGCUUGAUACCCGACCGAACUCGGCCUCAGGUCAAGUCGUUCACCAAAUGGUGGCAUCAUACGUCUUGAAAAAGACCAUUGUGCUUGCCACCUUCCGAAGCUCUCUAUCGCCUCACCACGUUGCGAACAACGAGAGCAGCAAUCUCUUCGAGACAGCACUGUCCAGGUCCCCUCUGCUCAGCGAGGCUAGAGUUCAAUUUGAUAGUCUGAUGGACCAGUCGUACGAAGCGAUCAGGCAUGCGGACUUCCUUCCUCACAUUGACGAUGAUGAGCCGCGGAAGGUCCAGUACUUGUCCCAACGCCUGUUGUUAUUGGAUGAGUUGUUGCAAUGGAAAGGCUCCUUUGUUGCUACAAAAAGCCAGACGCAGGAUCCGGAGGGCUCCUUAAUACGUUCGUACCUUUUGAUGUAUUGGGCAGUCUGCUACAUCUCUGUGGCAGCAUGCCUCAGCCCCCACCAGACCGUCUUCGAUGCCUACAUGGACCACUUUGCGGAAAUCGUUGAGCACGCCACGCUUUGUCUCGGGCAGACCACCCAACGGACAAAGGCUAAACUGCUCAUGUCGAGCUUUGACCCGGGAUUCAUCCCACCAUUAUACUUCUGUGCGACCAAAUGCCGAGACCCGAUACUGAGACGAGCUGCGCUGCGUCUGAUGCGUCAGGCUCCACGGCAAGACAACUCCUGGGCAUUCGUCGCGCCUGACCGUGUGGUUGCCACGGUCAUUUCGGCCGAGGAGGGUGAAGGGCAGCUCUCUUACUCAAAAAGGGACUCGCCACAGUCCCACUACACUGGCCUGCUGCCACCAGAAGAGCGCCGCUUUGCUUUUGUCAGUCUUGUGAGCCGCGAAACGCCGACCGGGAAACAACGUCAGGCUCUCGAUCUGAGCAGAUUUGAAUAUGCAAUUGAUGGUUCGAGAAGGCUGGUCCAUGAGUAUGCUUGGCUGGACGAUGGGCAGGCGGUUUGGUCCGAUGCUCUUCGCGCGAGCCUGGAGCUCGGUUAA